AAAAAUUGGGAGGUCAGCAAUGCAUUGCAAUGAAAGUCCGGCUGUGGCAUCAUUGGCAUUGGCAGUUCUCCUCUACUCAAAACCGAAAAGCUCAAAAACAGCCUGCAUCUGCAUGUGAUGUAAAUAUUUACUAGUUAGUAUAAUAACAAGAAGCAGCAGCAGCAGCCACCACAGCCUAGCCAUUCUCCAUCAGCAUCGGGUUGAUUUCCUGCGUAACCAAUACCGGAGCUGCAAAGCAGCGAAUUAUAUAUGCAAUGGCUUCAGCAGCAGCUCCUCAAACUUCUUUCUAUUCUCUCCUCACCAAGACUGCCCCCACUCGACAGGAAGAUAGUCAUAGGAUACUGAUACUUGUAGUGUCAGGACUAAGAGCCAGCAGCAGCCUCAGAAUAGGAACAGCAGGAGGAGGAGGAGGUGGAGGAGGGUCAAGCAUGAGGAGCCAUCACCAUCACACUAGACUCCUCCUGCCAGUGCUGGCGGUGGCAUCGCAGCCACAGGGUGGAGGCCCCAGCAAGCGCCAGAGAGCAGCCCCAGGUGUCGAUACCAGGAUUCACUGGGACAACCCGGACGAAGGGUGGAUUGGAGGAGGUUCUCGGCAAGACCAAGACCAAGACCAAGACCAGCAGCAGCACAAGUUCAGCCCCAAAGAGGAGCAGAAGAAUCUCUUAGGCGAAGAGUUCGCUGACCUUCUCAACAAUUCGUCCGAUUCUCAUUACCAGUUCCUGGGAGUUUCAGUUGACUCCGAUCUUGAAGAAAUCAAAGCUGCUUACAGAAGGCUUUCGAAAGAGUACCACCCCGACACGACCUCACUCCCACUGAAAACAGCAUCGGACAAGUUCCUGAAGCUGAGGGAGGUAUAUGACAUCUUGAGCAACGAGGAAACCCGGAGGUUUUACGACUGGACGCUGGCCCAGGAGGCUGCCAGCCGCCAAGCGGAGAAGAUGAGGAUGAGACUGGAGGAUCCAUACGAGCAGGAUCUGGAGAAUUACAAACCAGUUCCUGACACGGUCGAUCGACUUGGUGGGAGGAACAUGGACCUGAGUGACCAAGCGAUGAGUGCCCUCACGAUUGACGUUUUCAUCAUACUCUUUGCGGUUUGUUGCAUCAUUUAUGUCGUAUUCUUCAAAGAACCAUAUUACUAGGCAUCAUGUGCAUGAGGAAACUGUGGAACACCAAACUGUUUUCUUGAUGAAUUGUAGAACAGCAAACUCAGAAACAUAAAUAUAGGAACACCAAACUCGGGAGUGCUUACUUUUACUCCAUCGUCUUGUAAAU